UUAUCCCAUUCCCUUCCUAAAAGGAAGCUGUACAAAAAGCUUUUUAUAUUUUGCGAGUAUAGUAUGUGUGGUAUUGUAACGACAACGUAUUGUUUCCAAAAUUAAAUAACUGCCUUUUAUUUGUCAUUGAAUUAAAAUUACAGCAAACUGGCAAUAUUAUUUCAAAAAACAUAUUAAUAUAAUUACAUAUUAAAAUAUAAGAAAACGAAUUUUCAGUUCCAUACAGAUUUAUUUGUAUAUCGUUGAAAUUCCAUAGCAGGUUCAUUAAAAAUAGCAAAGUAUCAAGUGAGAUUCAUUUUUAGGGGUUGUUAGACAGGCACUAGUCUAUGGACAUGCAUUACUCCCACUGACUCUGAGUACGAUGCGGAACACUUGAAAUGGUUUAGAUGUCGGAGGGAAUGAUCAUUGUGAUGUACUGCUAAGCUGCGAUUUGAUUGGUUAAGAUUUGAACGCGACGCAGCAAUGUUGAAAUCUGAUUGGUUUGUUUUUUUCGUGGGAAAGAAUAUUGAGGAAAUGUUUGAAGUAUUUGCUAACGAGGAUUGGAGGACCACACAUUGUGCUUUACAUUCAGUGCCUCAUGAUGCACCCGUCGGGUAAACGAGCCACGCGCAGAGAGGAGCUGCUGCUGGAGUUGGCUUGUGAGUGGGGCUCGUGUCAGGAGACGUUUGACAGGAUGCAGGACUUCUGCCAGCACGUGGAGAAACAUUAUAAAGCUACCGUGGACAGCGAGACAGACUUACCAGAUGAGGAGCAUAACUGUCUAUGGCAAGACUGUGGUUUCUGCUCGGUGGAAGGAGAUCCGGAGCUUCUCAGACACAUGUUUUUCCAUUGCUACCACACCAAGUUGAAGCAGUGGGGACUUGCUAUACUCAAUGGCCACAGUGAUAUGGGUGCCUGCUCGGUCGGCCUGCAGAACCGCAACAUUGUGCCUGAGGUUCAAGAGAACUUCCUCUGUCUUUGGGAGCAUUGUGAGAUGUCUAUGGAUAAUCCAGAGUGGUUCUACAGACAUGUGGAGAUGCAUGCCCACUGUCUCGAGGCUAAUGAAGAGAAUGUUUUGUUCUGUGGCUGGAAAGAUUGUGAGGCCUCUUUCAAGGGCAGGUUUAAGUUGCGAGAGCACAUGCGUAGUCACACACAGGAAAAGCUGGUGGCAUGUCCGACCUGCGGAGGAAUGUUCGCCAACAACACAAAGUUCUUCGACCACAUUCGACGACAGACCUCCAUAGAAGGUCAAAGGUUUCAAUGUUCCCACUGCUCUAAACGUUUCGCCACUGAGCGGCUGCUGAGAGACCACAUGAGGAACCAUGUCAACCAUUAUAAAUGUCCACUUUGUGAUAUGACCUGCCCAUCACCAUCCUCGCUGAGAAACCACAUCAAGUUUCGUCAUUCCAAUGAGAAACCUUACAGCUGUGAUUACUGCGAGUACAGCUGUAAAAACCUAAUAGACUUGCGGAAGCAUUUAGACACACACAGCAGUGAGCCAGCGUAUCGAUGUGACUUUGCUGACUGCGAUUACUCCACCCGCUCCCUUUACUCAAUCAAGAACCACUACAAGCGCAUUCAUGAGGGAGAUUACACUCCUCGCUAUAAGUGUCACGUGUGUGAGCAGUGCUUUACCCGGGGGAACAACCUCACCGCCCACUUACGCAAGAAACAUCAGUUCAAAUGGCCUUCAGGACACCCGAGAUUCAGGUAUAAAGAGCACGAGGAUGGAUUCAUGCGUCUGCAGCUGAUCCGCUAUGAGAGCGUGGAGUUAACAGAACAGCUGAUGCGGGAGCGGCAGGGCGAGGGGGACAGCAGUGAGUCCAGCCAGCAGAACGUCCAAUCUGGGGAAGAACUGGAGGAGACCAUGGCGGGAAAUAAAGAGGCAGGAAUAAGAAAAGAGGGAGCAGAGGUCUGUAGGACUCAGGAAAAUGCAGAAAGUGUGUUCUUGGUGUUGAUGGCCGGCACCUCCUCAGAAACAGACUCUACAAGAGAGGGGUCAGUGAUGUGUCAGCUACAGGACACUGCCCAACAGCUGGGCAUGGAGGUGGUUUAACAGCUAUUCGAAUCCCUCCCUAAGACUGCUGUGUCAGAUAUAAAAAGAGACAUUAGGACAUUCCUUUUAACUCUGUGACAAUACUCAUUGUACAAUGAGACUAACAGGGGACCAAACCUGGAUAAGAGUGUUUUAGGAUGCUGUCAUCCUCAAUCACCUUGAACACUGCACUGAAACAGAAAAGAUCAAGCUAAAUCACAAGUUAGCUCUGGGGAUUGCUUAAAGAGAUGAUUCACUUUAAAAAGAACAUUUCUGUGAUAAUUUACUGACCCUGUGUCAUUCUGACACUAUAUUAUUUUGGUAUGGCAUGAAACAAAGUAAGGUGUUGUUUAGUAGAUUGUUUGACCUGCCUUUUUCCAUUCUAUGAAAAUAAUAAAUUAAUAGCAAUUUAUACUACCAAGCUCCAAAGGGGCAAGAAAGCAUCAUGAAAUUAUAUGAAACAUAGUCCAUAUGACUUGUAAGUAAUAUUAUAAAUGCUGUUUUUCCCUUUUUGGAGUUUGGAAUCAUAAGUUACCUGCCUUGUAAGUAAUAUAAGGUAAUAGGAACACACAAACACACACCUCUAUUUGUGUUUCACA